AUGCAGAGGAUCGUCCAGACAUUCGCUGCGCGGUUGGCUGAGCUGUCGCAGGACAUGGCUGCCGAGAAGGCCCGAUACGACCGACUGAUGCGCGAGAUCAAGGUGAGAAUGGCAGAGGGGACUCGGAGGGAAAAGGGGGCGGGUUGAUUCGCGUGUUCUCUCUGUGUGUUGUGUGUGUCACAGGCGGUCGCUCCCUUCCUGCGGCCCACGAGUGGUGAUGAGUCUAUUCGCUCCAUCCGAGUGUCGGAGGACGACGGGCGGCCCGAUGUAUGUGGUCAUCAGCACCACUCAGUCGACUCUUCAGGAGACCGCCAGCAGCCUGCGCAGCCGAUUCGACACGUAAGCGCACAGCCACGAGGGCUCGCACUGACCCGGAACUUCACCCGGGACGACGUCUCGUACAUACAAGUUCCCGUCGGCCUGCGGCAACACAUGGCCUACCUCUACUUCCAGCAGCUGCGGGAUGAGACGGCCAAGCAGCACCUUCCUGCCCGGCAGUCUACUGCCCGCCGGCGAGUAGCGAGCGUCCCCUGUCUGACCAGCGAGCACAACCAUACCCGACCUGAACCCCCCAUACUUGCAGGCAGACUGGCAGGGAGGCUAGUAUAGUGUGGCUGUCCUCUUGGUGUACUCACUCUGUGCAUCCAGCCAGUCGAGUUCAUAUACGUGAAUCAGCGAACUGAAGGCGCCAUGAGGUUGAAUUGGUCGUGUGUGUGUGUGUGUGUGUCUGUGCGCAGUGGCGGCACAGCUCGGCAAGGCGGCAGGUGGAUGGGCGAGGUCACGACGACAGCCACUGGUAUGCGGAUAUCGGGCAGUCUGGAGGCCCUCCCGUCCGACACACUCGGCCCUGUCGCCUUCGUCCGUUAUUGGUCGCGCGAAGCUGCCUGAAGGCUUCCUUGCCAACUGUGUGAGCAGCUUACCGUGGCCGUGACGGACAAGGCCGCUGGGCAGUUCCUGCUGUUUCUGUACCCCGAGCUGGGCGGGCAGAGCAACUGCAUUGCCGAGUUCAUGACGCCCGGCGAGGCGAAGGACACCGUGGCUUCUGUGGGGUUGGAUGCCUUUGAGGGUCAGAGGAGGGGCAAACCUGAGGCACUGCCACCACUCGAGAGCGUCAGGGGCAGCAUCGAGGGAUUUGGUGACGGUGACCCACAACACAUGACCACAUCACACUCUCUUCUCCCAUCUCCUCACUCAGGGUGA